UUCUUCUUUCUUCUGCUCUCAACCUCUUUGUUUUUUUCUCUCUCGCUUCUCUCUCUCUAGAUUUACAAACAGACAUAAAUUGUUCCUCCCUUUCUCACACAUCUCAUUUCACAGAAAUCUUCAUCUUCUUUAAGACCCUGUCAGCCAUUUGAAGCGUUUGAGGAUUCACAAACAUGGUAGUAAGUAUGAUCUCACAGAUACUAUAUUCAAGAGUUGGAGUUCCAACAAUGGCGGUUCAUCUCAUGAAAUUCUACCAAUGAGCACUCUCUGACUUUUCGGAAUCCGAUGAUUGUUUUAAGUUAAGUUAAGUUAGGUUUAAUCAAUUCUUUCAUUCUUUUACUGGGUUGGGUUGGGGAUUUUUUUCUGAUUCUUUUGAUUCCAUUUCUUCACACACACUUAUCACGAAUUUCUUAACUGAUUUUUUUCAAUUCUUUUUCAUCGGAUUCCAUUUUCAAAUCACUUCUUUUUCAAUUUGAUUUGUUAAAAAUCACUUCACGCACUCUUCUUAGAACACAAAAACACAGAGAGAGGAAUUGAGAGAGAGGGGGUGGGUGGGUUUGUUCUUUGUAGUCUGAGCUUUUUCCCAAAAAAACAAAACAAAAAAACAAAAAACAGAGAAAGUGAAAACUGAGAAAUAGCUAGAGGAUGUUAGCUGGGUGUUCUACCUCAUUGGUUUCGCCAAGGCAUAGAUUAAGGAGUGAAGCAACAACCCAGUUUGAAGCUUGUAAUUUUACUUCAAUGAGUACACAAAGAUUGGAUUUGCCAUGUUCUUUCCCCCGAAAGGACGCUUCAAGAUCGCAACCCAUUCGACCAGUUGGGAUUUCCGUUGAGAAGAAACCUAUUGAAACGAAGCCCAAAACCAGCUGUUCACUUAAGCAGAAGAUUCGUCUUCCGCCGUUAGCCGCCGCCGCCGUCCCUCCUCAGCCUUCGUUAGAUGAGUUUUGGAACAAAGGUAAGAGUUUGAAGAGGUUUGCCGAUCAGAGUGAUGAAGACAACAACGACUUGUAUAGGGCUAAAAGGAAAAGGGGUGGUCAGACUUUUGAUAAUGAUUCUCUUCAUGACAUCGAUGAUUUAAGUUUAAUCCAAUUAGGCAACGGCAACUUUUGGUUUCAACCACAUUUUGAAGAUAGAGUGUUUCCUUGGUCUAAAUCUAUUGCUAAUGAGAUCGCCGAUUUGGGAGAGAAGCCGGAGCAGCAGCAGCCCGAUCAAUGGGCGGUUAAAGAAGGAUCAGCAGCGUCGAGUUCUUCGUCAGACAGUCAAAGUUGGAGCAUUAAGCUAACCCAGAAUCCAUCAGAUCACGAAACAGGAAAUGGGUCUGGUGGUCAAGGAGUGAUGACAGCCGGCCAUACUGAAAUCCAUGGUGAAGAAAACCAAGAAAUUGAGUUAAUCAGCCUUCUGGUAGCUUGCGUGGAUUCAAUCAGUUCCAAAAACAUCCCCGGAAUCAACCAUUUCAUGGCCAAACUCGGAGAGCUUGCAUCUCCAACAGGCUCCCCAAUUAGUCGAUUAAUCGCUUACUUCAGCGAGGCCUUAGCCCUUCGAGUGGCUAGACAAUGGCCUAGGAUAUUUCAAAUCGCACCUCCAUACAACGAUCGAAUAGUGGAAGAUGACACCGGAAUGGCCUUAAGGGUUCUGAAUCAGGUCAGCCCAAUACCAAAGUUCAUUCAAUUCACUUCGAAUGAGAUUCUAUUGAGAGCAUUCGAAGGGAAAGAUAGAAUUCACAUAAUUGAUUUCGAUAUCAAGCAAGGCCUCCAAUGGCCUAGCUUCUUCCAAAGCUUGGCUUCAAGAUCAAAUCCUCCAAUCCACGUUAGGAUAACCGGUAUAGGUGAAUCUAAGCAAGAAUUGAUCGAAACAGGGGAUAGACUCGCGGGUUUUGCAGAUUCGCUUAAUCUCGCGUUUGAAUUCCACCCUGUAGUUGAUCGACUCGAAGAUGUGAGGCUUUGGAUGCUUCACGUUAAGGAAGGAGAGAACGUGGGGGUGAACUGCGUUCUACAGCUUCAUAAGCUGCUUUACGACGAAACAGGGGGAGCUGUGAGGGAUUUCUUAGGCUUAAUACAGAGUACUAAGCCAAUUGUGGUUGUGAUUGCUGAGCAAGAGGCUGAUCACAAUCAGUCGUUUCUCGAGGCUAGGCUUUGCAAUUCACUCAAGUACUAUUCCGCCAUAUUCGAUUCAAUUAAUUCCUCUGGCCUUUCCUCGGAAAGUCUUGCGAGGAUCAAGAUUGAGGAGAUGUUGGGGCGGGAGAUAAGGUCAAUUGUGUCGUUUGAAGGGCAUGAAAGAAUCGAAAGGCACGAGAAGUUCACGAAUUGGAAGAGGAUGAUGGGGGAAGGAGGAUUCAAUGCGAAGGGAGUUAGCGAAAGGGAGUUUCUGCAGAGCCGAAUGCUCAUGAAGAUGUAUUCAAGCGAUAGCUACAACGUGGAGAAGCAAGAACAAGAACAGGAACAACAAGAACCGGAACAGGAAGGAGGUAACGCGAUUGCAUUGACGAUAAGAUGGAUGGAUCAACCACUUUACACAGUCUCAGCUUGGGGUCCAAAUUCGAAUUCACAAGACAGGAUAGGAUGACAAAUUCUUUGAUUCAACAAUAUAUACUAUAGAGAUGAAGAUGAUUAUGAUGAUGAUACACUAUUUUUAUUCUUUGAUUCUUUGUUUGCAGAUAAGAUAAGACAGGAAUAUGAUUUGAUUAGUUGUUUUAUAAACUAUUUUCUUUAUUUCAUUUACACAUAAUUUUAUAUGUAAGUUAGUUUAAAACAGCUAGAUGUUAUUCUUGUAAUUCUUUUGUAACUUUUAACUUUCUUUCCCAUAAUUUAUAUUAAGAUUUGUUCUUUC